CUGACCAAAGUGCGCGCGCAUUCAACGGAAGACGUGCAGUGCAAUGCGUGAACACGACGAGACCAGGGGGAAGUGAUAAGUGAUCCGCGCAGUUUUUUUGAUGAACGUACGACCACAUGUGUUAUGGCAUCAACUCAGGAAUAAUUAUACGUCGCAGUAUUGCUCUUGUAGGCCUUCUUCUUCUUAUAGAAGAAGAAGUGAACGCGACAAACGCGUAAGUGCAUGAACAAAAUAGCUUCAACAAAAAGCCAAAAAUACAAUAACAUUAUGUUUGCAUAUAUAUAUAUACCACAGACCCAAAAAUAUCGGACUGUGCCUACAGCAGAUAUUUACAAAUUUAAUAUUGAUAAUUAUGAUUCCAAAACUGAUACAUAUAAAAAAAAGACUGAUAAAUUAAUACUGCCUGAUGGAAAAAAACAAACUUGUCAAGUUUUAAAGUUAGGAGAUACAGAAGCAGCACUCAAGAUGAAAUUAAGUGAAAAAAGAGUUCGAGUUCCAAAAUUAACAACGUCUAUAGUUCAUGAUAAUGAUGAAUCUUUACUCAGUCAGGAAAAGGAAAAUGAAAUCAGUAAUAUUAUUAAAAGAAGAAAGAUUGAUCAAGAGCUUUGUAAAAAAUCUACACAGGAGACUAAUACUUCUAUUAUUGCUGCUUAUAUAAGUGCAUCUAAGCAGCGGUCGUUACAUUCCAGUGCUGAUCAUGAGAAUGAAGCAUCCAAUGUUUCUAAUAAUGAAGAAGACAAGUGUUCAAGUAAUGAUUUACUAAAAGAAAAACAAAAAGAAUUAGAUGAAUGUUUACUGAAACUGAAACAUGCUGAAAACAGAGCAAAGCAUUGGGAAGAACAAUAUAAUACUUUAAAAAAAUCUGGAAGUUACAAUCUUACCGAAAAGACCGGAAAAGAUAUCGUUACUAUCUUAGAAACGAUCAGCAACCGUACGAUUCAUGAUGAUAUUGGUGAUAAUGCACCUCAAUAUGAGAAUAAAAUUAAUGCGUUUAAAGAACGAACAACCCAUAUAGGAAAUGAUGUUUGGAUACCUACAAUGAUUUACGAGGAACUUAUGCGUGAGAAAGAGUUCACUUCAUUCAUAAAAAGUGCAUGCUAUGCUGUCUGGGGACCCGACAAGCUGGCUGAACGUUCUAUGCGUGAACAACGUAAUGUUAAGGAACCGACAUUAACUCCUACUAAAAAAAGUGCAGUUUCAUCAUUGUUUUGCCAUUGGAUGAGAGAUAAGAAACAUAUGCCGCAGACUUUUAUUGAGGAGCAAAUGAAUAGAACUAAACUGAACAAAUACUUCAACGGGGCAAUUUCAGCAGCCAGGAAGAAAAUUAAUUACAAGACCAUAAAAACGCCCAAUCCUGAAGUGACACAAAAAAAGAACCCUACAACUGAACAUUUACAAAAUUUGGAAGUUUCUGGAGACGACAAGUCAGAUAGUGAGCAUUCCUGCUCUCAGAGUUCGGAAGCGAGCUGUGAUUAAUGUAAAGUUUAUAUAUGAGUCAGAAAUAAUUUUUUUAUUUUCCUUUUAUUUACAGCCAAAGCGUACUUUAAGGGGUUGCGCACAAUGAAAGGAAUAGGGAACAAGGAACAGAGAAUAGGAAACAGUUCAAUAUUAAUGUUCUCUGUUCCUUGUUCCCUAUUCCUUUCAUUGUGCGCUAAGUGUGUUCGUAAAACGUGCAAUUUAAUCAAAGUAUUUUGUGAUUUAGUUUAAUAUAUGUACGUUGUUUUUUUUUAUAUGAACUACUUUUAUAUAAACUACAGUUAACACUUCUUGUAUAACAUAUAGAUACAUAAUACUAAAUAUUUUUGUUUUAUGAUCAAUGUAAACCUACAAAAUUGUAAGUGUUCACACAAUAUUUUUAGGAUCUUAUUCGUAAAAUCCAUGUAAAAAGCAUCUAAACAAUUUUUGUGUUUUUAAAUUCAUUAGUCCUUAAGCUCGGAUGUCUCGAGAGUUUUCUGCUCUUAGAAUCUUUGGAUUUUGAAAUCUUGGAUCCCCGUACAUGUAGGAAACACAUUGCCUCAAGAACUUAUGUCCCUUAAUUGUAAUUCCCUUAGUCUUAGAAUAUUUUGCAGAAAAGUUGGAUUAUGGAAAUUUUGAUUUUAUAUUUUGUAUUUUUUUAUAUAUUCAAUUAUAUAUUUGAUAAAGCCUAUUAAGAUCUCCUAGUAUCGAGCGCUGCGCAUAAGAGACAGAUCUUGCAUUCAAGAGUUUAUUUCCUAAUAAAUUGUUUUUGUAUACCAACGAUGCACACGUUUGCGUUAAUCCGUUAAUAUGUUACGUUACAUCGGAGAGUUUGGCGUCAUUGUUCUACGAGGACGUUCCGGUAAAUUGACCUGUGUGUUUGUAAAUCUUGCAUAAGCAAGUGAUCUCAACAUGUAUGUAUGUAUGUAUGUAUACUGAAUAAAGUUUAUUAAAAUUAUUACGUA